AUGCAGAGAUGGAAGCUGUGCCUUCCCGGACUGAUCUUCCUCCGUCUAUAUAUAGGAUCCACCAUUCUCAAACUACAUUUGCAUACUCAACCCCAGCUAGCCAUGGAGACAACAGCAGCAUCAGUGUUGAGGAUGGUUAGCUGCAUUCUUUUACUCGUGAGCAUUAUUUGUGUGGCUAGCUCCCAAGUCAGCAUGGCUUCAGGGCAUGACUCUCCAAAAGACAUGGAGGCGAGGUAUGGCCGAUGGCUGAGCAAGCAUGGUAGGAAGUACAGGAGCAAAGCUGAAUACAAACACCGGUUUCAGAUUUACCAGUCCAACGUUCAUUUCAUCAACCACAUCAACUCUCAGAAUCUUUCUUUCCAGCUGACUGACAACAAAUUUGCUGACCUCACCAAUGAUGAGUUCAAAUCGACCUACCUUGGUCUUCGCCGUCCUUUGGAGACUGCACACCAGAGGCUGCAGGCCGAGUGCUCUUGUGGACAUUUGCCAGCUGAAGUUGAUUGGAGGAAGAAAGGUGCUGUCACAAAGGUCAAAGAUCAAGGCCCUUGUGGAAGCUGUUGGGCAUUCUCUGCUGUGGCAGCCGUGGAAGGCUUCCACCAAAUUCAAACAGGCGAACUGCUGACUCUUUCAGAGCAAGAGCUUGUCGAUUGUGAUGUCGAUGGUGAGGACGAGGGCUGCGGUGGAGGGUUCAUGGAGACAGCAUUUGAAUUCAUCGCCCAGAUUGGGGGACUUACAACUGAGAAGAACUAUCCCUACAAGGGUAGAGAUGGCGACUGUGACGAAAAGAAACUCAAAGAUCAUCUUGCAAAGAUAAGCGGCUAUGAGAUUGUAUCUCGUAACAACGAGACAGCCCUCCAAGCUGCCGUUGCAAAACAACCCGUCUCUGUUGCAAUCGAUGCUGGUAGUUAUGAAUUUCAACUCUAUUCUAAAGGCAUUUUAACUGGAUCCUGUGGAUCUGACCUCAACCAUGGAGUGGCAGCAGUUGGGUAUGCAGUGGAGAAGGGUACCAAGUACUGGAUUGUGAAGAACUCAUGGGGCGCCAAUUGGGGAGAAGAUGGGUAUAUCAGAAUGGAACGUGAUGUUAAAGAGAAAGGUGGUAAGUGUGGCAUUGCCAUGCUAGCCAGCUUCCCUCUGUAG